CGAGGACAGGCUGGUGAAUUUCAUAUUCUGCCAGCAUCGCAGCGUGAGCACCAGAAACAGGCUGGAAACUGCGCAGGCAUGAAGAGGUGGCACAAUGGACAGAUUCAUCUCUAUUUCUGGCUGAUAUUUGAGGUCUUUGUUGAAGGUUGGGCCAUAACAGCUUCUGAGGGUGCAGGAAAUGACAUCUUUGCCAUCCAGCAUCAAAAGUUGAAAGAAUGCAUCCAAGUGAAUUCCUCUGGAUUUACUAUGAACAAAUGCAAUCAGCUAGAAGAGCUUCAGCAAUGGAAAUGGGUGUCUGAGCACCGGCUGUUCAAUAUUGGCUCUAAAAAAUGCCUUGGCCUUGAUCCUUACAACAAGGAGCAACCAUUAAAAAUGUUUGAGUGUGAUGCAGAAGUUACAACAAUGUGGUGGCGCUGCAGAGGGGGCACACUCUAUGGUUCAUCUUCCUAUAAACUGACUGUCAAACAAAGUCCAACAGUGAGCAUUGAUGCAACUGAUGCAUGGAAACAAAGUGGUGGUGACAAUGAUGUUUGUGAGCAACCGUACCAUAGGAUUUAUACAAUUGAUGGAACUGCUUAUGGAAAACCCUGUGUCUUCCCCUUUAAGUACAGAAGAAAAUGGUAUUAUGAAUGUACCACUGAAAGCAAUGAUGACGAGGAAUGGUGCGCCACAACUGCAAACUAUGAUAAAGACAGAAAAUGGGGGAAAUGUUUGAAGCCAGAUACUGAGUGCAAAACAUUCUGGAAGAAAGAUAGUGCACAACAGACUUGUUACCAAUUUAACUUCCAGUCUUUUCUCUCCUGGAAUGAGGCUCGCCUUGCCUGUCAGAGUCAAGGAGGGGAUCUACUGAGUGUUGCUGAUCCAAAAGCACAGAAGUAUGUUUCUGAGCAACCAAAUAUUCCAAAGAAAAUGUGGAUUGGCCUGAAUCAAAUGAACGUAGCUGGUGGCUGGCAGUGGUCUGAUGGAACACCUCUCGUGUUUGUUAAUUGGGAUGAUGGUAUAUUUGAUUUGUAUCAUCUUGAGGAAUCAAGCUGUGCUACAAUGAACUUGGAUUCUAAUGGUCGCUGGCAAGUUAGUCCUUGUGAAGCUGCUUUACCAUAUGCAUGCAAGAAACCACUUAAUCAGACAAGGAAAGAGUCAAUCGAUCCUUGGAAGUACUCCAGUACAGAAUGUGAAGCUGGCUGGCUUGCGCAUAAUGGCUUCUGCUAUUAUAUGAACACACAAGAUUUGAAAUGGGAUGAUGCAGAUAGUUCCUGUAAAUCCAAUGAAAGUCAGCUCAUCAGCAUACAUUCAUUAGCAGAUGUGGAGCUGGUUGUCAGUAAGCUUCAUGAAGCUUACAGUUAUGAAAUAUGGACGGGAUUAAGAAGUGACCAGUUCCCAGCUUUGUUCAAGUGGUCAGAUGGAUCUCCUGUGACCUUCACUUACUGGGACCAGGCUCAACCUAAUAUCCCCUAUAACACUACGAAGCACUGUGUAUCCUAUGUGGGAAAGUUGGGUCGAUGGAAGUUUGCAGAAUGUAACAGCAAGCUAUCAUUUGUAUGUAAGAAACAAGGCAAGACCUUGAAUGAAACAGACCUGUCUGAUGUCGGAUGCCCUCAAGACAAGAGCUGGAGAAGGCAUGGUAACUACUGCUACAAACUUGAUUUAACAGAAGCCGGGUUUGAAUCAAAAUGUCAUCUUACAAUACAAAACAGGUUUGAACAAGAAUUUAUUAACAGUCUGAUUGCAAAACAUACAACAGAAAAUGGCAAAUACUUCUGGACUAGUUUUCAGGAUAGAAAUGGCACUGGAGAGUACACAUGGUUUACUACAUCCAAGGAGAAAGAGCCUGUAACAUAUACAAAUUGGAAUGCAUAUCAGCCAGCUUCUCCUGGUGGAUGUGUUGUUAUGGCUACAGGAAAGGCUCUUGGACGGUGGGAGAUCAGAAAUUGCAAGAGUUUCAAAGCUAUGUCCAUUUGUAAGAAGAGUAUCGGCAACACUACAGAAACUGAGGAAACACCCCCAAAAGGCUCGUGCCCUCCUGGGUGGCAAACUAAUGCAGACCUUGAACACUGCUACAAGGUCUUUCAUCAUGAGAGAGUAGUACGGAAGAGAACAUGGGAAGAGGCUGAACGAUUUUGUGAGUCACUAGGAGCCCACUUGCCAAGUUUCAUUCACCAUGAUGAGAUGUUAUAUCUUCACAGCUUGCUAAGAAAAACAAUUACUGAUGAACGUUGGUUUUGGGUUGGAUUAAACAAAAGAAAUCCAGAUUCCAAAGGUUCUUGGGAAUGGAGUGACAGCAGACCGGUUUCGUUGGUGACUUUACCCUUUGAUUUUAAAGAAGAUGAUUAUGCUGUCAGAGAUUGUGGUGCAUUUCAGACUCAGAAACCUUUGUGGCAUCGUUUCAUGAUGUUUGAUAUCAGAAGGAAAUAUGAUUAUCACUUGAUGCCCUUCCAUUGUGAUAUUAAACUAGAAUGGGUGUGUCAAAUACCUAAAGGGACUAAAUUGAGGAGACCUCCCUGGUACAUUCCUGAUGGAGAGAGUAUUCAUGGGCCCACUGUUGUUAUUGAUGGUAAUGAGUAUUGGUUUGUGAACAACACCAAGUUAACUUACCAAGAAGCUGAUCUAUAUUGUUCAAGGAAUGAAAGCAAAUUGGCUUCCAUAACAUCCAGACCUGCAAUAAAAAUGAUUAAGACUCAUCUACUAAAGCACUUCCCUUCAUUGCCAAAGUGGUGGGUAAAGGCCAUCAAUUACAAUACGAUGAGCAGUCCAUUUUUUGGUCCCUAUUACAUUUAUGAUCGAUUUCAUUCCUUCCAUAACCGAUAUAGAGAUUGUUGGUUUAUAACUCCUUAUGUCAGGUUGAUUGAAUAUCAUGAUUUCGUGGACUGUGCCAGACCUCUUCCCUUUAUUUGUCAGAAAUUAAAUAUAUCAUCAUUAGAACCGUGGUCUCCAGAAACCAAUGUGUCAGGUACCCCAUGUACUGGUGAUUGGAUCCCUUUUGGAGAUAAUUGCUAUAACUUUGUAAAACCGAAAGCUUUGACAUGGGAGGCUGGAAAUCGAUUCUGUCAGAGCCUAGGUGGGAACUUGCCAACUAUUGCCAAUUCUGUGGAACAAGAUUUUAUUGUAUCCCAUUUAUCAUCACUGCCGCCCAGAAUUUGGCUAGGUUUGCAAACCUCAACUACAGCUGGAACAAAUAAGUGGGUGACAGAAAGACCAGUUGAUUAUACAAAUUGGCAGCCAUCAUUUGAGAUGGAAUUUGGUACACUAGAUUUUGAUAUCUUUCAAUUAGAAAAACAAUGUGCUGUUCUACUAAAUGACCCAGGCACACCAUUUAUUGGAAAAUGGGAUAUGGUAGCUUGUGGUGAUAAGAAAUUUGUUGCUGUGUGCCAGAAACAUCGAGAUAUCAUCAAUGAGGAGGAUACCCAUCCUUUAAAUGACACUUUGAACUUUCUCAACCAUACCUAUACAAUAAUUAGAAAGAAUCUUACUUGGGAAGAAGCAGUAACUGAGUGCCAGAAAAACAAUAAUGAGUUGGUUAGCAUCACUGAACCCUACCAUCAGGCUUUCCUCACAGUUACUACAAAUACUCUGGGUUAUCCAGUGUGGAUCGGACUAUACAGUCAAGAUGAUGGAUUACACUUUCGCUGGUCAGAUGGAAGACACACUACAUAUAGUCACUGGAGCAAAGAUGAUUCUGUGCCUGUUGACAAUUGUGUGUACAUGGGCAUUGAUGGGUACUGGAGAACUUUGAGCUGUGAUUCAAUUUUAGAAGGAGCCAUUUGCCAUGAUCAACAAAAAGAAACUGCACCUGAAAAGCCUGAUGUUGAAACUAUGAAGUGCCCUCAUAAGAUUGAAGGACCAUUAUGGAUACCAUUCAGAAAUAAUUGUUAUGCCUUUCUACUGAAUGCUGAAAAGCCGAGGUUUUUUCAAGAGAGCACUGUCCACAGCAUGUGCAAGAAAUUGGAUCGCCAGUCCAAUAUUUUGACUAUUAGAAGUGAAGAAGAAAACAACUUUGUCACAGAUCAGCUAAAAAUUCACAGUUAUCUCUUUAAAUGGGUAUGGCUAAGUGUUCGAUAUAAUGGUAAUCAUACGAUAUGGUAUGAUGGUUCUUAUAUAAAGUAUUCAAACUGGCGCUCGGGUAGACCCAACUUUUGGGAUGCACAAACAUUUCCAGCAGUUGGUCUUGAUAUGGAUGGUUUCUGGUACCACUUUAACCAUCCUUUGCUACGUGCACAGUUGAUAUUGCAAAGCAUUUUUGUUUGCAAAAUUGAUAAAGAUCCUGACCCAAGUCACUUUGAGGCUCCACAUGCAAAGGCAGAAUAUGGAAACCAUACAUACCAGUUAAUUCAGAAGAAGGUGAAUUGGUAUGAGGCACUGCAACAAUGUCAAAUGUCUGGAUAUCAACUUGUCAGUGUCUAUAAUGAAUCUCAGCACUUGUUUCUGAAAAGCUUGGUGAAGUCAGAUGGUUUUCCUCUUUGGAUUGGCUUGUUCAGUCAAGAUGAAGGAUCAACUUUUGAGUGGUCAGAUGGAUGCAAUUCGGAAUACAAACCUUGGGAAUAUCAAAAUCUUAAUGCAGAUGGAAGUUGUGUAUUUAUGGAUACUAAAGGAUUCUGGAACCGUGCAGAUUGUAAUAGUGUGGUUGAAGGAGCUAUUUGUUAUGCCUCCCAGAGUAGAAAAACAUCACCUAGUCAGCAGGAAAAGAGAUCAGACUUCUGCCCUCAGAAAAAUGGGAAGUCCUCGUGGGUCACAUUCAGAGGACACUGCUAUGCAUUUGACAUGGGCUUGUAUAACUGGUCUGUAUUUACUAUGGAAGAAACCAAAACAAUCUGUUCUAAACUGGAUCCCUCUGCUGAUAUUCUGAGCAUUAAAGACAGGGAAGAAAAUGAUUUCGUAACCAGUCAAAUCCGAGAAGAACAGGGAAUCACAGGACGCGUGUGGCUAGGAAUUUCUCCAGGUCAAAAAGAUAAAUCCUUACUAUGGCCAGAUGGUUCAAACCUUACUUAUGCUAACUGGAUUAAUAACAAUCUCUCAGUUCCAACUGAUGACAAGUGUGCUGUUAUAUCCUCCAAAAAUGGAACAUGGAUUGUAACCAGCUGUUCAAAGAGUCAUAGCAGACUUGUCUGCAAAGCUCCAAUGAGAUCCAGUCAUAAAGUUGCAGCCUUGGUGAUAACAGUGAUACUUAUCUUCCUGCUAAUUGGUGGAGUUGUGUGGUUUUUGUACAAAAGGAAUAAGUGGCGAUGGGCUAAUCCCUUUGGAACUGUGCAUUAUGAACGUAGUUAUAAUGAUCCCACAGAUUCAGAUAGCACAAUUAUGAUAUCAGAACUGAAAGAAUUCCAUGAUUGAAAUUUGUUGUUAUAUUUUGUCGCCAAAAUGCUUGAGGAUUUUCAAAGCAUUGACAUAUUUUGUCUUUAAUUUGAAAGAUUACUAAAUAAUUUCACUUGUAUAAAUAUUCCCUGACUUGCACUACUUACAUUUUUGAUGAAUACUGCUACAUAGUUAGUACUGUUGUAGUUUCCAGAGGUUAUGUUCUUUUGUGAAAUAUUUGCUUUAAAAACAUAUUUUUAUACUAUAUUAAGUAAACAUUCCAAUGAUGAAAAGAAUCAUAAUAUAUGCAAUGUGUUAACUCCAAAAAAAUUCAUCUUUUUCCGAUAAUAACAUGACAUAUUGUUGCUGAUAUGACAGAUAUUUACUGAUAUCUCUGUAUAUCUUAAAGCCAUUGGAAAUUUCACAUUAACAAUGUAAAAUCAAAUGUGUGUACAUUUUAAAAAUAUAUAUAUAUAGUGUAAGAUGUGUUAAAAGCCAUAACAUUUGGAUUUUAGAUGAUUUGUGUAAAGUGGGAAAAAUUGGUAUUGUUUAUGAAAUCCUACUUACUAUUUUCAUGUCAGUGCCUUGUAACUUUUUUCUCACAGCAGAUCUUCAAAGUUAAGAAUUAGAUGUAAACCAAUCUCUAAUCCAAAUAUAAGAUUGGGUUGCAUUAAGUUUCACAUUAUAAGUCUUUCUAAAGCUUGGGGGUUUGUUAAUGCAUAUAAAUUCUUGACUAUUAUGACACAUAUCUAUAACAAUUAAAAUUGCUGUUCUCAACAAAACCAUCUUAAAGCAUGGUUUGUUUUAACUUUGACAGUUGCUGUCUAAACCAUAUAUAGAUGUUUUAGGCAUCUCUAAUCCCGAGAGGUUCUGUUGUGCUUUUCUUUGUGUGUAUUUAAAACUCUAUCGACUAAAAUGUUAGCAGCCUUUAAUUAUUUUAAGGUUUUUAAUUAGAGAUUUGACAGAAGCAUUUCCAAUUGAUGAACAUUGGUUUAGAUGUGACCAAACUACUGUUAAGUUCAAUUUAAUGAAUACUGUACUGUGCAAUAUGAUAAAAGGAAAGAGUAGAAUGUGUUGCUUUACACACAUCUUAUUAAGCAGAAAGACCAAAAAUGCAGAGCAAUACUGAACUUUAUUGCUAAAUAUUCUAUCCUUGAAUUAUUUUGUAAAAUCACGAAACAAAUUUAGUAAUUGGAGUAUUGAAAAUUAAACAUGUGGGUAACAAGGUGCUCAAAAGAACAAAUCAGUAUUAUAAUUUUGUCACCUCAUGCUUCUUUUAAAUGCAAUGAAAUUGAAUAAUUUUAUAUUUGAAAAAUACUCUAAAACAUUUUAACUUUGCCAAACUUUAAUAUGAGAGUUAGGAAAAGUGGGUAGUGUUUGAUUAACUCAACCUGUUUACCUCUCAAAUUAUGAACAUUAGCAAAAAAAAUUAAAUUAUCAUCUUUGUAAUAUGAAAUGCAGUCUUUGUUUUUUAAAUUUAAUUUGAUUGCACAGAUUUUACAGCAUUAUUGGCAAUUGACAAUUAGGUGAGGAUUUACUGCAUUGUGUAAUUGUGCUUAAAUUCUGCAUUAUUUUACAGGUUGCUUUUUCAUUUGCUGAUUUUACUAAUAUCCUUUUGAGUAAAAGGAAAUCAUGAUACAUUAGGAGUAGGGGCAGUUCAGCGUUAAAUAUUUUACUCCCAAUUAGGUACAGAGAGGUAGCAUAGUGGUAGUAAGACAAACACAGAGACUAAUGCCGGUCACAGAUUUAAAUUCCAUGAUGACAGCUAAUGAAAUAUAAAUUCUAUUAAUAAAUCUUUAAUAUAAAGCUCAUCUAAGUAAUGAUACAACGUAACCCUCGACCAUCAAUUGUCAUGAAACCUAAAACUAAAACAAAGAACCAUGGAUGCUGGAAAUCUGAAACAAAACCAGCAAUUGCUAAAGGAACUCACUCACUCAAAGUUCUUUAGAAGGCUCAUUGAACUCAAAACUUUAAUUCUGCUUUCGUUCCAGAGCUGUUGAAUUCCUCCAGCACUUAUUUUUGUCAUAAAAGGCCGUCUGGUUCACCAUAAUGUCUUUUAGGGAAGGAAAUCUACCAUCCUUUCCUGGUCUGACAAAUAGCUCACACCAGAUUCACAGUAAUGAGGUUCAACUGCCAUCUGAAAUGAGUUAGCCAGUCAGUUCAAAUGCAGUAAGAACGAGAAAUAAAUUCUGUUGAUGUCUGUGGUGCCAACAUCCCAUAAAAAAAAACCUAAUUUCACCAGCACAGACUCAAUUCUGUAUAUUUUAUUUUGGAUGACUUCGCUUUAUUUUCAAACUGUGGUCCAGAUAAAUGAAUAAACUAGGUUAAUAUACUACCUUUCAUCUCAAGGGCUUGGGCUUCACUUCAACCUGAGAUUGAAGUCUCUUCUGUCCAGUGAUGUAAGUUAGCACACGACACAGAUCUUCAAUUCCUUUUGGCAAUCUUGCUGAGAGGCAGCAAUGUAGGUAAUGAACAAAAUAAAAGUCUACUACAUGAGUGUUGCUUCUUAGGAAAUCACUUGAGAGAAAUUUGAAAAUGUGACCAGUGCUGCACAUUACUGUGAAGUAUUUCAUAUUACUGGAUAUCUAAGAUAAGGAAGUGUUACAUUUUCCAGAACUAGCAAUAUUGACAUUGAGCACCAAGUUACACCAAAUAAACUAGCCCAUCUUCUUUUCCAAUAGUUGGGGAACUGCAUCUUUGGUGAUCAUGGUUACAUCUGUGGUACAAAUAAUUUUACCUGUGUGGAUUGGUGACACGUGGACAAAACUGAGAACAAAAUAUUCUUUAAAAUUUGGAUGUGUGUAAAUAUAAGUAUUUUGCUCUGCAAAGAAGACUCAUUUUCUGGGUUCUUUUAAAACAUAUUUGUAUGUACAUAAAUGUUCUGAACAUGCCUUUUUCUGUGACUAGAAACUGAGAAAGUAACUGGGAAAGGAAAAAAUACAAUAUUAGUGAAAAUUAUUUUAGUUGAAUGGCUUUGUUCCACACACUGUUCAUGUAUGUUAUACAACUGAGUUAUUAAAAACAGCACAUGACUUAAUCA